AUGGCAACACCGUCCGCAAAAACAAAUAUUGUCAAAUUAAAUCAAGUGCCGCAAUCGUCAAUUAGAGACAGUUCUGAUUCAAAACCAUCUGAAGCACAAGUGACGACCAACAAUACCCAGAACACAACGAGUGGAAGUCGUUUAACAUCGAAUAAAAUGCGUGAUCCAAAUGAACCACAUAUUGGCAAAUAUCGUUUUAUUAAAACUAUUGGAAAAGGCAAUUUUGCCAAAGUUAAAUUAGCUAAACAUAUACCAACAGGAAAAGAAGUAGCAAUUAAGAUAAUUGAUAAAACUCAAUUAAAUCCAACCAGUUUACAAAAACUAUUUCGAGAAGUUAAAAUAAUGAAAGGACUCGAUCAUCCAAAUAUUGUUAAACUGUUUGAAGUUAUAGAAACCGAGAAAACGUUAUAUUUAGUAAUGGAAUAUGCUAGUGGGGGUAAGAAUGUUCGUUUUCUGUUUUGUAAACAAUUUGAUAACGAUAAAAUCGUAUCAGCUGUUCAAUAUCUUCAUCAAAAGCAUAUUGUUCAUCGUGAUUUAAAAGCUGAAAAUCUUCUACUGGAUGUUGAAUUAAACAUAAAAAUAGCUGAUUUUGGUUUUAGUAAUGAAUUUACACCUGGUAGUAAGCUUGAUACAUUCUGUGGUAGUCCUCCAUAUGCCGCGCCAGAACUAUUUCAAGGGAAGAAAUACGAUGGUCCUGAAGUAGAUGCUUGGUCCCUAGGAGUUAUUCUGUAUACAUUAGUAAGCGGUUCAUUACCCUUCGAUGGACAAAAUUUGAAAGAAUUACGUGAACGUGUAUUACGUGGAAAAUAUCGUAUACCAUUUUAUAUGUCAACCGAUUGUGAAAAUUUGUUGAAAAAAUUUCUUGUUUUAAACCCUGCACGUCGUGCAUCACUUGAAAACAUAAUGAAAGAUAAAUGGAUGAAUCUCAGCUUUGAGAGUGACGAAUUGAAACCGUACGAAGAACCUUCUCAAGAUUUUACUGAUUCACAUAGAAUAGAUAUGAUAACUCGUGACGGAAAUUAUACUCGUGAUCAAGUACUCGAGUCACUAACAAUGAGAAGAUACGAUGAUAUUAUGGCAUUUUAUCUUCUACUUGGAUUACGAUCAUCAGAACUUGAGGGCUCUGAAUCUCAAUUAGGAAGUAGUUUAUCUGUGAAUCGCACAACUACAGCUAGACCAAACAAUAAUACGACAUCUGGUGGAACAUCUACUAAAGGAGUUACCGAUGCAUCAAAUAACCAACAGUCAUCACAACAACCAUCAACAAAAACGACUACAAAUCGUCCAUCAACCGCAGCAGCCGUCUCUGAUCACGUUAGUUCAUUACUUACAAGUAACAAUAAAGAAAAUAUUCAGUUAUUAAAUUCUGAUAAAUCACAACGGCCAUCUGCAACAGCUGCAAAUAAUUUGGAUCAUUCAAUGGUGAACGGUAUUGGCGGUACAAUAACAAAUGGUGUGAAUAAUCAACUGUUAAUAUCAUCGAGUAUAGAUACGACAACGUCAACAACAAAUACUCAUCAAUUACUAAAAACAAGCACAAGUGGUGGCGGUGGUGGACAAGCAUCAGGGAGUGGAGGAGCAUCUCGGGGAAUAACAGCAGAAAAAGGUCGAUCACAAACAGUAAGAUUACCAGGCACUGGUGUAAGAAGACGAGAAACAUUUGAUUCUGUAUCUGGUGGAGGAAAUGGAAUGAAAAAAGCUGAUCAAAUUGGUGCAAAUAUAGCUGGUGAAAAGUCAACAUUAAACAAAACUAUUGGCAGUGGUGGUGGUGAUAUUUUUAAUCGCAAUUCGAAUCAAUCAUCGACAGGUGAUCAGCCACUAUCACACUUAACUGGUCGCGCAUCAGCACGUGAACCGUUCAAUAUUAAAUCGGCGAGUAUGACCGCUAAUCCUUCAACUUCGACUCACACAUCAAAACUACAAGACAAAAUAAGACGAAAGGCGAAUGCUAACUCAUCGACAGCUGGUCGAGGAGAACAUAUUACAACUGGCUCGAUUCGAAUCUAUGCUAGUGGAAAUCAACAAACUUCGAACCCUGUACCAUCUUUGGGUCCAUCGUCAUCGUUGGCUUCAGCUGCUGCUUCGUCAUCAGCGAGUACUAGCGCUACCACCACUAUUACAUCUUCUAUUACAACUACUACUACUACGCCUCCAUCUGUGACUAAUAGCAGUCUAGUUAGCCCGACACGAGGUUUGGCUAUGGAUCGUCAUGCUGUUGAUCGUAAAACAAUUCAUAGUACAUUUCCUACACGACAACAAUAUAAUCAACAACAAGCACAUCAGCACUAUCAGACAACAACGUCGACAGCCGGCGGCGGCGGAGCCAGCGGUGGUGGGGGUCUUGAUCCAAGUGCACGUAUGCAGGCGAUAAUGAUAUCGCCAAGAAAUAAUAAUAAUAAUACAAUGGCAUUUGGUGAUUCUAACGAACGUUAUCGAAAUGGUGGUGGUAUCAGUGGAGUGGGAGGAACUGGUGCACAGUCAUUCCUCAGCAAACUUUCAUCUAAAUUUGCACGAAGGAAAUCUAUUCGGGAACCACCAACGUCCGGUAUGAGCAUGGGUGCCGGAAAUAUUUCAACAUUGGGAACGGGUGGUGUUGGAGGUGGAAGUACAAGUAGUGCAUCGUCAUCAUAUCGUCGUCCAGAUGGAAAUGAGAAUGUGGCAGUGGGUGGCAUUAUUGCCGGUGAAAUAAAACCACGUUCAUUAAGAUUUACAUGGUCAAUGAAAACAACAAGUGCAAUGGAUCCAGCUGAUAUGAUGAAAGAAAUACGAAAGGUGCUUGAUAUGAAUAAUUGUGAUUAUGAACAGCGUGAAAAAUUUUUAUUAUUGUGUGUACAUGGAGAUCCAAAUACCGACAGUGUUGUCUCAUGGGAAAUGGAAGUAUGUAAAUUACCUAGACUGUCGUUGAACGGUGUAAGAUUUAAACGUAUAUCUGGUACCAGUAUUGGUUUCAAAAAUAUCGCUAGUAAAAUCGCGAACGAACUCAAACUGUGA